AUGGAUGACUUUGGUAUUCGGCGCCAGGGCCGCGGAAUCCGUGCCCGCGCCAUCGAGAACCUUGUCAAGCUGUCUACUGUUUCCGGCGAACCUUCUCAUAUUGACCGUCUGGUCACUGUUCUUUCGCCCUCCUCGUCCCUCUACUCUCCUUCGGACCAAGAAGCAGCCGACAAUCCACCUUUGUAUCUCAGCGAACUUCAAGUUCUCAUUUCGCUUGCUCGCUCUGCUCACUUUAUAAAGUCCCCGGACCAUGCGGAAUCUGUUUUGCGUAUUCUUGGCGUGUACCUUCGCAAAAGCUCUGCCCUCGUAUUUUCUGCCUUCUCAGGUGUCCGCGAAAUUGAACCGUCACCUUGGCACGUCGCAACGCGUCUUCUUACUCGUGCAGUUCUUGCGCUGGGCUCUAAUUUCCCCGAGAGUCUCGGUUCCAAUGCUGAAGGUAUCAUUUUGCGCUACUUGAAUGCUACAAUUGUCAAGUGGAAAGACCCUGCAACAUUCAAAAGCCCUUCCAUCUUUUGUCCGCUCUUGUUUUCAUUCCAAGGGUUUUUAGAAGCUCUCACCCAACAGGCUCAAAUCACAUCUUAUGGAACAUUGGCUACAAUACUUUCUCGACUUACAGAAACAAUCACAACAGAAAUUUUACUUCAAAUUGAAACAACAGUUGCCCAAAUUAGUGCAACCACCGAAGAAGAAUCAUCUUCUCAAGAUGACGCUGCUACUCCUCGUGACACCCCGCGCGACACCCCACCACCUCAAAAUGUUCCUGCUCCGGCCAUGCGUGCAUCCACAGCUGACGAGGACAUUUCACGAUGGCAAUACUACUUUUUGUCGUAUCUGCGUGCGGAACAGCAGCUCGGCGCUAUGCUGCUUAACUACUAUAUUUGUUCGUUUGCCCGUGCAAUUGUGGCUAAAAUCAUUGCCUAUACGGCUCCUAAUGCUGUGACAAGUUUCCGUGCACGCAACAAAACAUCCUCGCUUCUUAACAAGCUGCUCUCCCGUGAACGUAUGCCUAAUCUCAAGGAUCGUCAUACCAGCCAUAUGCACUAUGAAACAGAGGUUGGUUUGUCCAUUCAGCAGAUUCUUUUGACAGCAACUGCCAAUCUUGCACUUGCACAAAUCAACUCACUCGAUGAUGGUGCUGAUUACAUUGAGCUGGCAUCUUCGGAGCGCAUUGCUCUUGCAUAUGCUACCAAAGUUCUUGCCAUUGAUAUUGUUGGUGUGGCCACGUCGUACCGUAUUUUGGACGUUGAUACUGGGUCUACAAUUGUUACAUCUUCCUUUCUUCACGAGCAUGGUAUGUCAAACCCGCGCUUAGCUCUUGCCGUAUUUAAGCUCGGUGCAUACUUGUGCACUCUCGACAGCGAAACAGCCGGUCUUAUAGUCCGCUAUUUCCCUCACUUUAUUUCAAUCCCAACUGUACAGACUCAUUUGGUACGCAAAUGUGCCAAAGCUCUGGUCUAUGGACUCCGUACCAUUUCCCAGGAUGUCAUUGUGUCGACCAUUUAUACUCUUGUCAAUAUGGUCACCACUACAGUUACCCGCGAUUCUCGCUCGGCAGGUACACAAAACGGCCAAGCUAAGGGUAGGGAGAUUUCUACGGACCCCACAUUUGUAUCCGACGCUGAUAGCGUUAAAACAAAUGGUUACAGCUUUAACAUGUACCGUAACGCUAUUGCAGCAAUUGUCACCAUCACGCUUGUGUACGAUGACCCCCAAAUAUCAGCUCUUGCCGCCACAGUUUUGAACCAAAAGCUCAACAUUUCUGCCACUGAAUUGGACCGGGAGGUUGCUUAUGGUGUGGCCAAGCUGGCAUCCUAUGUCCCAGACAAGGAAUUUUUGUCCAUCUUCCGCUCUUUCCAGACUCUUGCCAUUCAUGCAUUCCAAAAGAAUGACAUCAAGAUGCGUACCAUUGUUCAAGAAGCCUUUUGCCGCAUCUCUGAUUCUCUAAAUAUGGAACACCCGCUUUACGAAACUUACCUUUCGGAGCUCCUCCAAAGCAUUAUCGAUCGUGGAGACGUCCAAGAACUUGAGCACCACCGCCCCCACGUUGAAAUUUCUGCAACUGCUAAUGAGAUUGCUCUUUAUUUGCCGCCGUUGGCUCGUCUACUUCCCAAGCCUCCCAAGCAACACUACAAGGCAAGUGAUGCUCACAUCAACUCAUUGUUCCGUAACACGUGGUACAAUAUGGUUGUGCACGGGUUUUCACAGACGUCCGAGUGGACACAAAAGUUCCGCACAGAGCUCGAGAUUAUUGCUCAUAGUACCCCACCACUCGUGUCUCCAGGCUCGUCCAACAAAAUUGAAAGUGACUUGGAACUUAACACUGUUCUUCAGCGUGGUUCGUCACACCAUAAUGUCAAUAAUCAAAAGGAAAUCAUGGACUCGCUAGCGUCUUCUCACAUUUUUGAUUUCAAGACUCUCCAAUACCCUAAGCUCAUGUUUUUGGCUGCUACUAUUCUUCUCGAAGGUCUCAGAGCGAACACUGGAAACUGUUCCAAGAUUUUGCUUUACUUUGGUGACCCUGGGAUCCGAUCAACUGGCGAAACAAAUCGCUACAUGCGUAACAUUGCGACCGAUGUCAUUAAAGCAUAUCUUGCUAAUGUUAACCGUGGCCACUCGCCCAUGUUUACAAGCGAUCAAGUUGCCUUUCAGGUCAAGAAAAUGCUCACACUUUGCUGCCAUCGUGUGAGUGCUAUUCAGCAACAAGCUUUUGAGUGCUGUGAGGCAAUCAUUUGCACUAUACCAUCUUCUCUAUGCAGUGAAAUAUCUCUUUUUACAUUGCUUGACUUACUCUCACUGCUUUGGAAGUCUUGUUUGGAUGCAGAAACAGACGAAUACGAGCCUCGGUCUACAUUCACUGCGUCUAAGAGUGGUGUUCAUAUUGAGCUUAGUGAUUCAUACGACCAACGUCGUGAAAGUUUGCGAAUGCUCCACACCAAGGCUCGCGAGUGGGUCCGCUACGCGCUUUCCUUCACUUCCUAUGAUAUCAAAAACAUUCUUACAUCGUACAUGUCUGGAAUUGAAAACUACAGUCCUUCCGACAGUGUUGUUUUGGGAUACACUUUUGCACUUGAGAUGGGCGGUACUGUCACUGUGCGUGACCGCGAGUUGUCUGUUUUGAACCGCGUCAAUACUAACCCACUCUCUACUAACACCAGUGCCGGCUUUCUUUCACAGUAUAUUUGGCGUCGCGAGUUUCACACUACUAUUGCUUCGGAAGUCAUUUCCAAGGUUACACCCAACUUUUAUGAUCAAGCUGCUAUUCGUGCGCGCAAGUCGCUGGUUGAUGUUUUGACUAAAACCAAGGCAUAUCAUGAUUACACGCACCAUCAUAACCUAAAAAUUCCUGGAGCCUCGUCACAACAACAACCAACAAGACCCAACUUUGGCGAAACUCGUGCGUUGCUCUUCAAGGCCUCAGGAUACAUGGGUCACCCAACCGAGGGCAAGGUUAUUGCACGACUCUGCGUUCAGAUCCCCAUGCGAGCCUUUACCGAGUUCUCAAUCCAAUUUGGUAUUUCUCUUUGGACUUGGGCUAUAACCGAGUACCCAACCCUCAAGGCACUUAUUCUUUCUGAGGUUGCGCAACUUUGGGAAUGGAGUGUUAAAGAGAAGCUUGGUCUCUAUACUCGUAAACACGAUAUUGUGGGUCCUGCUUAUGCCAAAAUGGAGUACGCACCUACCAACAAGGCCGAAAUUAACUACGACGCUGGUCUGGCUGUGCGCGACUUUGGGUGCCACCAAAAGCUUAUCCGCUACCUUUCGAGUUCAUUCCAAUCAAUUGUUUUUGAAAGCAAAAACUAUCUCAAAAUCUUCUUGCGACUUCUUCUCACUGGUCUCCAGGGUCUUUCCCAUGCCAGUUUACACCCAUGUGCACGUGCCGGUCGUUUCGAACUUAUCCGGUUUUCUCUUGACGUACUUGAGGUUCUUACUCGCUUUGGUGCCCGCAUUGCUUACUCCCUCAAACAUCUUGUUAUUUCAGCUGCAUUGACAUGGUUUGCGCAGCCAGCACAGUGGCCUUUUGGCGGCAACAAGCUCACGCUCAAGUCUGAUAUGGAGCUUCUUUCUGGAAUUGCGACCGUCAUCAAGAACAUGUAUAUUGGCCCAGCACCUGGAUCUCCAUCCAAAAAACCAAGCUCUUCUUUGAAAAGCAAGCGCGACGUGUUGCUCAUUUUCUUGAAUGAUGAGCUGACCAAGAUGACGGCGUGGAGUGACCCUCUCCAGCUAAACCAACCGCAUAAGGAAUUUGUGGGAAGUGUGACAGUUCAGAAUUUGAACGAAGCAUGGUCCAUUGACCCGGUGCUUGCUGUUUACCUUGUUGAGCGUUAUGCCACCCAGGACCUUGUUUCACGGCUCCAGACUUUGACCGCCAGCCAACCUAGCAGUGUUACUCAUGUGCCUGAGGCUCUCAAGUAUUUCAUUACAGGGACUAUUUGCACUGGUAUUCCACGCAGUUCAUCCUCCAAAAACAAUAGCCACUAUGUUGUUUAUUGGACCCCAGUCUCACCUAUUGAGUCCAUCAACUUGUUCUUGCCAGCGUAUGGUGGAAACUCGCUGCUUCUACAAUAUGCUAUGCGGUCUCUUGAGAGCCAUGACGUUAAUGUCACGUUUUUCUACGUGCCGCAGCUGGUGCAAACGCUUCGUUACGAUGUAUUUGGAUAUGUGGAGCGCUUUAUUUUGGAGACUGCAAACAUCUCGCAGCUUUUUGCUCACCAGAUUAUUUGGAACAUUUUGGCCAACCUGUUCAAAGGCGAAGACUUGCCUGAAGGUCAAACAGAAGAAGAUGCUAUUAACCCGACUCUUGAACGCGUUCUUGAGCGUAUGAUUUCUAAUUUCUCAACCACUGAUCGUGAAUUUUAUGAGCGCGAGUUUAGUUUCUUCAACACAGUCACGUCCAUUUCCAAAUCGCUGAUGCCUCUUGUGCGCAAGACCAAGGCGGAGAAAAAGGUUAAAAUUGAUGAAGAAAUUGCAAAGAUCAAGGUGGAUGUUGGUGUUUACUUACCUUCCAAUCCUGACGGUAUUGUUGUGGAUAUUGAUCGCAAGUCUGGCCGACCACUUCAAAGUCACGCCAAGACUCCAUUUAUGGCAACAUUUAAGAUUCAACGCGAAGUUCGUGACUUACACAUUGAAUCUGACAAAAACGGUAAUGGUAAUGGUAAUGGUAAUAGCAAUGGCAAUGGGAACAGCAACAACGAUGAGGAAGAAGAGAACGAGCGCACGACUACGGUGCAAGUUUGGCAAAGUGCUAUCUUCAAGGUUGGUGAUGACUGCAGACAAGAUGUCAUGGCAUUGCAGCUUAUUUCUAUUUUCCGGUCCAUUUUCAAUAGCAGUGGCCUCGAUCUUUAUGUGUUCCCUUACCGUGUGACGGCCACCGCUCCAGGUAAUGGUGUGAUUGAUGUGUUGCCCAACUCCAUUUCACGAGAUAUGCUUGGUCGCGAAGCAGUCAACGGGCUUUAUGAGUACUUUACAACCAAGUUUGGCGGCGAGGACAGUAUCCAGUUCCAACAAGCGCGUAACAAUUUUGUCAAGUCACUUGCAGCCUACUCUGUGAUUUCGUACUUGAUCCAGUUCAAGGACCGUCACAAUGGUAACAUUAUGUACGACGACCAGGGCCACAUUUUACACAUUGAUUUCGGGUUCUGUUUCGACAUAGUCCCCGGUGGUGUCAAAUUUGAGGCAGCCCCGUUCAAACUUACCCACGAAAUGGUUCUUGUCAUGGGUGGUUCCACAUCUACUCAGGCCUACCGCUGGUUCGAGGAGCUUGCUGUUAAAGCAUUUUUGGCGUCACGGCCUCACGCAGAAACAAUCAUCCAGGCCGUGCUGCCUAUGCUGGACUCGGGAUUGCCGUGCUUUAAAGGUGAAACAACAAUGCGCAAAUUGCGCGCGCGGUUUGCACUGGAUCGGUCGGAGCGUGAUGCUGCAUUAUUCAUGAGACAACUCAUUAAACAGUCGUAUGAGAGUUUCUUUACAAAGGGAUACGAUGAGUUCCAGCGCCUCACCAAUGGUAUUCCUUAUUAA